GGCUUGUUAAAGGACACGCUUCUAGACCUCUCCCAGAGUCUCCGAUUUAGUGGCUGCGCUGCAGCGGCAGAUCUUUGACUUCCUGGGCUACCAGUGGGCUCCUAUCCUGGCCAACUUCCUGCAUAUCAUGGCGGUCAUCCUGGGCAUCUUUGGCACCGUGCAGUAUCGCUCUCGGUACCUCAUCCUGUAUGCAGCCUGGCUGGUGCUCUGGGUUGGCUGGAAUGCAUUUAUCAUCUGCUUCUACCUGGAGGUUGGACAGCUGUCCCAGGACCGGGAUUUCAUCAUGACCUUCAAUACAUCGCUGCACCGCUCCUGGUGGAUGGAGAACGGACCGGGCUGCCUCGUGACUCCCGUUCUGAACUCCCGCCUGGCCCUGGAGGACCACCAUGUCAUCUCUGUCACCGGCUGCCUGUUGGAUUAUCCCUACAUCGAAGCCCUCAGCAGUGCUCUGCAGAUCUUUCUGGCACUGUUUGGCUUUGUGUUCGCCUGCUACGUGAGCAAAGUGUUCCUGGAGGAGGAGGACAGCUUUGAUUUCAUCGGUGGCUUUGACUCCUACGGAUACCAGGCGCCGCAGAAGACGUCGCAUUUACAGCUGCAACCACUGUACACGUCUGGGUAGCUUCCGUCCAGCGCCCACUCCGGCGUCCCGCCCUUGGCGGCUGGACUGACAGCGGCCUCGGGGAGCUCCGGCCAAGAUGGGCGCGCGCCCCCUGGCGUCUUGUGGACCGACUGCAGCCUGCGCGGUCUCACCCGCUGGGCAGCCAAAGGAGCAGAUUGGACUUGGCCUUACACAACCCUGACUUCAGGGGCGGGCCGGGGCGGGGCGGGCCGGGGGAGGGGCAUCGCGGGGUUUGUAAUUUUUUUAUCUCAGCCUUGGCAUAUGCCAGGGCCUUCCUCCCCCCUCCAGUCCACCCCUUUCACCCUUCAUCCAGCAUCUUGCCCUUGUCCAGAGAGAAACAGCAGGGCAGACAGACUCACCCCAUCUCUUCACUCAUUCACCAGCCUCAGUGAAACCUACUGUGAACUAGGAGCAGGAGUCCUGGGUUCCGAUCGCAGCUCUGUCACUGACACCCGGUGUGAUAGGUGGCAAAGCCCUUGCCCUCUCUGGGCCUCCGUUUCCCCACUCCAAGUAAUUAAAAUAAUCCUUUAGCAGA